GUAUGACGAAGACAGACUGAAAGUGGAAGAGGAAGACGGAUAGCAGAGCCACAGAGAGAGAGGAAAGUGAGAUGAAGGGGUGACUGACACACACACAAAAAGAUAAAGGAGUGAAAGUGGUGAAGGACGAGAAAGAGAGAGAGAGAGAGGGAAGGGCAGAGAGAGCUGGAGCAGUCAGUGAUUCCCAGUCUGUCUGGAGACAGGAUUGGGAGUGUUUAGCACUUAGAAAAUUUGCUUUAUUUCCCUUUGAAUUUAUUGUAUUUUCAAAAAGUAUGUAAAGGGCAGAAAUAAUGAACUGGUGCCCAAAGCGGUUCCAGAAGAUUGAAUUCUCUGUAGUGAUAACAUUUCAAACCAGGUGCUAAUUGCCAGAGAGAGAUUUCCUGCAGCCAGACCAGUGUUUACCAUUUUCCCGAAUGAACAGACAGGGAGAGGUCACAGAGCAGGAGCAGCGCUGAGAAAUGGCAGAGACUGAGGACAUGGGAAAUGAGUGGAGCAGGAUUGAAAACGCGAUCGUUACGAGUUUCAGGCAUUUACGAGAUAGGUAUCUCCGGAGCAGUAGGCGCCUGUUGGGAGAGAAGACUCCUUUGGAGGUAGAGACAGAGCCAACAGAAGCGACACCCUUACAGAUAUUACCGGUGGAGGUGCACCUGUACAUCAUGGCCUUACUGUCUCCAUGGGAUCUGUGCCGGCUGGGGUGUGUUAAUCGUUAUUGGAAUGCCAUGGUCCGUGACCCACUUUUGUGGCGCUACUUCCUACUGCGUGAUCUUCCCCACUGGAAUUCUGUGGACCAUCUCUCUCUGCCGCAUGCAGCAUUACUGGGAAAACCUCUUACGGACAGUACAGAGCACGACUACAUGACAGCUUAUUUAAGGAGCUCUCCUGAGAGCAGGAAGCACCGGAAAUGGAGCCACCCGGUCUACGGCUCGGUGACUUCCUUCUUCUUCUCGCUGGUACCCCAGGCGGAACCCCGGUUCGCCAUGUUCGGGCCUGGCUUGGAGCAACUGGAUACCUCCCUGGUCACAAAGAUGAUGAAUUCACCGGGGCUCCUGCCUCUUGCGAGUCUGCCUCAGCACCAGGUUGAUGGGAUUGGAUCAGGAAUCAGCUUCCUAUUCAACAAUGAAUACAAAUUUAACAUUCUGACUUUAUAUUCAACAACCUGGAAGGAAAGAGAGUGUGCAAGAAUAGAAGAAAAUGAAGUUGUUAAUAAGCUGUUUGUACAGCAAGGUGCUCAUGUGGCCCAGGGUGAUGCAGAGAGUGCACAAGGGCAGCAACCAACUUACAGUGUCAUCCCUCAGGUGCAGAGAGCCUGCAGGCUGGUGGACGGCUUCAUCUACAUGGCAAAUGCUGAAGCCAGGAGAAGGCAUGAGCGAGAACAGGAACGGCUCCAGAUCCAGGCCAUGAUUGAUCCAGCUCUGGGCCCUUCAAGCCGCCCGCUCCUGGUGUUGUGCUGCGUUUCCCAGCCUGAUGUUCAUCGGAUACCAUGUGUUUAUGUAUCUCAUCAGUUGCAGUUAGGCCAGCUGGAUAGACCUUGGUUGGCACAUGACACUGACGCACAGUCUCUUGGCGGGUUUCUCCAGGGCAUUGGAUGGAUUCUUCGGGAAGUUGGGAGAUUGUGAACCACCAGCUGAGACCUGGCGGAGCAGGGGCCCAUCAUUUGGGAAAUGGUGUUAGCUAACCUGAAACCCCACUUCCACCAGGAUAAAUUGCUUGUGGUACCCCCAUUGUAUUCCAAAGAAGUGACUGAAUACUACCAAAGGUGAAUACCGCUUCCCUGAUGUACUGGUCAUCAAUCAAUCUUUUUAUCUACGUUGAUUUUCCUCCUGAACUGCAUUCUGAAGUAGUACAGAGAAAUAUUCCUGGUGGGUUUUUUGCUGCCAUUUUGUUCUGUUCCUUUGGGCAGUAUUUAUUUGCAGGGUGAUGCUAAUAUAAUGCAUUCUAUGGCAUUAAUAGGUAGCUCCAUGCUGUGGAGGGCCACAGGCCUGAUUUCCAUUUCCCUCAUUUCCCACACUGAUGCGAGACUUUGGGUGGAGGUCAGACAUCUUUAACUCAGGACACAGCAAAUUUGGGAAGAGUGCAAGUACCUUGGCCCCCAGGAGAGUGCCUUUGUCCACACAGCUAUGGAGUGGAAUAGAGGAAUUCAGAAACUCAAGAGAGGGCUCUGCAUUUUAACUGUGCUGCGGUACUCCUUUGAGGAAGAGGUCAGUGGGUAGCAGCCCUGCCCUUAAACCAGAAUCUCUGGGUUCAAGCCCCAUCCCAGGACACGAUGGUCCAGGAGGGUGACAGAGGUUGUGUUGAACCCUUCCAACACACGCCAGUGGCAGGUGGUAAGAGUGGGAGGGAUUCCUGCUCAACCAUGUGAUGGAAAGAAUGUUGGAGCCUCCACCAUCACUAUCCAUAGCUCUAGACUACAACAUGCACGUGCACGUUGCCUUAGCAACUCAGACUCCCUGAGUGAUCUGUAACACAACACCUCUAUUCCUUUCAGUCAGCAGGAAUUCACACUGUCUUCAGGAUCUACUCUUUCUUUAAUUUACACAGUGAAAUAUGUCUUCAAUAAAAUGAACUGUGGGAUAAAAAA